GAACGACCGCCCAUCGCGCCGCCAACCGCCACCUCCAUCAAGAGGUGGUCCGAGAGGGUCUCCUCCGGGGAACCCUCCCAACCGGAAACACGGCGGGAUGCGGCAGGGUCGAGUGCGGCCGCCCAGUCCUGUACAUCGCGCCCCCUUCCGUUGGUCCUGCGGGAGCCCCACGCCGUUGAAUGGGCGUUGAAGUCCCCGAGGACCAGUGACGGGCAGGCGCCCAAACGCAACGCGCAAGCCGCGAGCCCGUCCAGGAAGGAGGCGUAUUCUGUGCGGCUGAUAUUAGGCGACACGUAGACGGCCACCACUGCCAGGUCGCUCCAUUUCACGGCCACAAAGCACCGUCCCCGCUCGAUCACCGAGCAGGAGGGGCUCCCCGCGAUCCCGGUCCAGAACACGGCGACCGAACCGAUCAGAUACCCAGCGCCUCGUGAUGCGUCGGGAAUGCUGUACGGCUCGGCAACUGCCGCCAGAGCAAUCCGCCGCUCCGUCAGGCUCUGGAACAUUAAGUUCUGAGCCCGGCGGGAGCGGUUAAGAUUGGCACUGCAGGAGCAGUUGUCCUCCUCCUAUUCUUCCGCUCAGGUCGGGGAAGGCUCCGUCUCCAUAGCCUCCUCUGGGCAGUUCCUCUCACAAUCGUUGUGUCCGACUUCUCUGUCUUCUCUUCUGUCCUUCAUGGGGUCAGUUGACGGCGGUAUCGUUUCCUUCCUCUUCACCGCGUCCUCGCCGUUGCCUGGAGUGGUCUUUGCUUUCUGUGCGGUCCUCCUCUUACGGGCAGGCGGUUUGCAUACCCCAUACGGUGCGACGCUACUACAGAACUAGGCUCCCUUAUUACUAUGGACGAAUCUGUUGCCGCGAGAGAUAGAACUUCCCCACCAUGCGUUCCAAUUCGAACAAAAGCAGACAACCAUCCCUCUUAUGAAGCCUGUCUACCGCAAUUCGCCUCUCCGAGCUUACGGGCUAAAGACGCGAUAGCAUGUAUUCCGCAAUUAAACGGCGAAGACGAUAUCGGAGUAGAAGAAUUCAUACGCGAAGUACGUGAAUUACGAGCCAUGUGUAGCGAACCCACGCUACUACUAAAAAUGAUCAAAAUCGGGAAAAUCACGGGUAAAGUCGCAAUGGCCAUCCGCAAUAUACCGAUAAACGAAUACGGACACCUGUACGAUGCCCUAAACGUAGCCACUCAAGAUUCCGUUAGAGAACAACAAGACCAGCUGCGCGAAACGAGACAGCGUCACGACGAAAGUGUGCAAAGUUAUAUCAUCAGGUUCCGCAGAGCACUCAAUAAGCUACAAUACAGUAUAACGAACGAAUACUGUGACGAAAUUACUAGACGAGCUAUGAACGACAGGAUUUUAAGAGACUCCGUAAUCGAUUUUAUUCGAGGCCUGAAAAGCGAAAUAGGACAAUUACUACUCGCCAAUCCACUAUACAAUAUUCUUGAAGCCGAAAAGAAAGCCACCAACAUCGAGCGAUUCUUCAGGGAAGAUCAAAAUCGACGAUCAAAACCAAUGGAACGAUUACGACUUCCUGAGCAGCAACGACUAACAACCAAUAAUCCCAAUCCAAUCAUUAGAAAACCAACUCCAACACCCAAUCCAAUGCCAAGAAGUUUCCGACAAACCGAACAAAUACCACUUGCCCAAAGGACACAAUUAAAAUGCUUCAAAUGCAAUCAGAUCGGACAUGUCUCCAGUCAAUGUAGAAAUUUUCGAACACCCAGCCAAUUUCCGAGACCACCAGCAGUCCACAAUCUCGAGACACACAAGGAAGAAAUAGAGAAACCAACACACCAGACUUACGAAUUAACGCCACAACAGGAAGACUACCCACAGUACUUUUACGAUCCGACGGACAACGACAUAAAUUCCUCAUUGACAGCGGAGCAGGAAUUAACAUACUCAAGCGAAGAUGCGUAUUACGACGAAAAAUAACAAAAGAACGAAAAUUCUCGAUGGGACACUCUAAAUUUAAAACGAACUUUUUAACGAACACGCCUUGAUAAAACUAUUUGGCAAAACUCUAGAAUUCUUUGUGGUAGAAGACAACUUUCCAAUUAUAGAAGACGGCAUACUCGGUUUACUAGCCCUAUCUAAAUUCAAAUUUGAACUCUCAAAUCAACAAUUAAAACUUGACAAUAAUAUACUUUUAUUGCAACAGGAAAACGACGUAUCUCCAAAACAAGCAGUGUCAAAAACAGUCUACCUGGAAGGAAAACCGACAACGAUAUGCUUUAUCAAUGGUAGUGAGUGCCCAGCCAAAAUGACUAAUUUUAUCGAAAAUUCAAACAUGUACGAUCAAGUCUCCACGUUU